CUUUUCCCUCUUUACUGUUUCCGUCAUUAUUUUUUUUUUCAUACAAUGACAACAACAUCCCUUGAUACAUUAGAUUUGAUUAGAGUCAUGGAAAAUCAAAUCGUACAAUGUCAACAGAUGAAUACACUUGAUGAAGAAUACGUAGGACUAUUACAAGAAAGCAAAGAAAAAUAUCAAGACUUGUGUAAACAAACGGAUUAUUUACAAAAAAAAAUCAUCAUGAUGAAACGAGAAAACACAAACUUGAUGAAAACUCAGCAACGACUAGAAACACAAGUGUAUGCACAAGAUCAAGAAUUGCAGGGUACAAAGAAACAAAUAACUACCUUAUGCCGGCGUAACAAAGACUUGGAAACUCGAUUAGAAUUGGAAUUGAAAAAUUAUGAAGCUGAUCGAUUAUCGUGGCACCAAACAGAAAUGGAAUUGACAUCCGCCAUCAAAAAGUGCUCCUCAUUAAAUAACAGUCUAAAUCCAAGAAGAACUCGUAGUGCAACAGCAUCCAACGUUUUUCAUGCCCCUUCUUCCAAAAUCAUAGACGAUAGAAACAAUUUUUGCCAUCAUCCUUCUUCCUCCUCAUCAUCAUCAUUUAUUCAAUCAGAAAAAAAUGAUCAUAGGCAAAAAUUCAAUUUGGCCAAGAUACAAGCUCAAGAAAGAUUGCUGGCAAACUUACAAUCAGAAUUGGAAACACAAAAGCUAUCACAUUUGGAGGCUAUACAGGAACAAUCUGACAAAUUGGCAUCGGUGGUCAAGGAAUUACAAGACAUCAAGGAAUUAAAUCGUACACUGAUGGAGGAUAAUGAAGGUUAUCAAAUGUUAUUGACCGAAAAAACAAUGUCUGGUGCAUUUCUAAAGAAAGUAGAACAAGAACAACCCUUUUCUCUUGCUACAGAAAUAGGUCGUAUGCCUCCAAUCCAUGAAUCAUCCAUCAUUCAAGAGUUGACAGAUGAAAACAAAACUUUGAAAGAAUCCAACAAGGCACUAUCACUGUAUAUGAACAAGAUCUUAUUGAAAAUUGUUGGUAAUCAUGAAUUAGUGGAUGUUUUGAAUAUAGAUGAAGAAGAACCAGGAAAGGAUAGAUCACCAUCACCACCUGUCGUACGAAAACCGGACAAUACAUCAUCAAAACCACAACCAAGGGAACGUCGAAGUACUAUUUCUUGUUUUCGUCAAUCAAAAGAUCAAGGUUGGACCAAAGCACUGAAAAGAAUGACUGUGAUGGGCUGGAAUAGUAGUAGCAAUAGCAGUAGUAGUAGUAGUAGUAGUAGUAGUGAGAGUAGCAACAAUAGUAGUAGCGAUGAUGUAGCGAAUGCAACCAAUUGAAUAAAAAUUGAAUUUUUUUGGACUCUAUUGAGACACCAUACAAUCAUCAUCAACAUACAACAAUCAC